AUCGCGCGCGCGCGUCUUAGGUUCUCCCAUAACAUCCUUAAUGUAAAUGAACACCUCGAGAUUACCAAUCACCGCCUUGUGCUGCAAUAACAGCAGUAGGACGGAGUUAUGCUGGUGAGGGUAACCUUACUUAGCGCUGGGAAAAGUUAAUAAAGACCUAAGACACCCUGGCCGUGGCUGUUGCAAGAGCCACAGAAAGUUGAAUUAUUCAUAGGAAACAAAGGAAGAGCAACUCCCUUUGUGUUGAUGCCCCGCUUACUGUAUGUGCACUAAUUCAUAGGUUUGGUUUCGUCUGGGUGAGCCCUUCGGGCCACGGUUUUUCGGUGGCAAGUUUAUGCUGGUGCUUUUGUCCUUCUUAUGGAAUUGUCAAAUGGUUCUUAUAUCUUCUUUAUGUUAGCAAGUCUUGAAUGUAUUGGAUGCUGUAGGACGCUGCUGGGCAGCCCUACAAAGGAUUAAUCCUGAACACUAUCAAUAGAUCAUGUGAAGAAAUGGUCACUUUGUUCUUGAAAGGAAUCCAAGAGAAAAAAAACUAAAAGUUCCUGUUUGUGCCUUGAUGGAGUGAUUGGAAUCUUGGCUUAUACUUGUAGACUUCGGCUCCCAGAGCUGUUUAUUUUCCAGAAAGUUAAACUGCAUACUGAAGGGGAAAAAAGGCACAGGAUGUGGAAGAUAAAUAGGAGCAAAGUGCUUAUAGAUGAACCUGUAGAAGAGCACAGUGUUGAAAAAGUGUGUCAGAAUUCUGUGACUCAGGUCCAUCCACUAGAUGAAGAAGCUGAAAACUCAGUAUCACAACCCGCAUCUAAGGUUCAAGGUGCAGGUUUUCUAGCUUGGAAGGAAGUUACAUCACUUUUCAAUAAAGAUGAUGAAAAACAGUUACUGACAGAUGGUAAAACUUCAAAACCAAGGGGGCCAAGUGUAAAACUGAAAGAUGAAACAAAGGUUGACAAGAAGCCUGGCUUUUGGGAUAGUUUAAUUCCAAAACAGAAUCUGAUGUCAAGAAAGCCAGAUGAGAUGGAAGGAUGGGAACCAGCACAGGUUGCUAUGGAAGACACUGUCACUGAUGCAUCAAAAGAUGUGAGCGAAUCUACUUUUUGGCCAGCUUGGGAGGAAGAGGAGGAUGGUACAAAAGCAUCUUCCAAGUAUACAAACCUGGCGAGUUCAAGUAACACUGGAUCCAAAUGGAGCAUCAAAUCUGCAGGAAAACUUGUUAGCAUCAAGAAGCGGAGCAAAGGGAAUCUCACGGAGAGCUUCGAAGAGCUGGAAUAAGAUACAGUACAAUGACAGGGUGUAAUUUUCAUCACUACAUGGAGAAUCUUCACUAUUUAAUCAAAAUCCGUUGUAUACAAAAUAUGAUUGAAAAGUAUAACCAGAACUUUUUUUUUCUGUUAUAGUAAGGAUGAUAAGGCCAGAUGAAGUAAAAUGCUUUGAUGGCUGCAUCAAAGAAAUGUAUUUACCAUCACAUUCUGAAUUUGGCACCAAAGUCUGAUAAGUUUAAUUCAUUUUGAGGGAUGCUUCAGUCUCAUAUUUUAGUGCCUCUCCAUCUUAAUUAAAAGUUUCAAAAACCAAAAGACCCUGGCCAAAAAGCAUUGCGAACAGCAAAAACUCAGGGUAUUGCUAUGCCAAAUGUCAUUAAAACAGUCAUUCUCACAUUUCAUAUUUAUUGCUUAUAUUUAUUAUGUCUGGAACUUUGAUGUUAUUCAGGAGUUUUUGUUUCCUUCCGAGUCUAGCAAUAAUCAAACAGCACUAUAUUUUGGAGAUGACUAUAACAGAAUUUUUUUCUGCAGUCUCUCUCCACUAGAGCUUAUAGUAGCAGUACAAUGAAUAUUAAAGCUACAAUUAAAAUUGAAUAGCUGAAGUGUUGUAAUUAGCACAAGUCCCUAGCAUGACCCCUGUUUUCAUUAGUUUUCAGAACUUUUCUGUAAAAGUGAUAUUUUAACUUAUCAUUAAUGCUUAAGUGUUUUGUAUUUAGACUACGAGAGCAGUUUUAGUGUUUGUCUUCGGGCCUUUCAGAUGUGUGUUUUAGAAGAAAAAAUGAAUUACCAAGAUGUAGAUACAGAAUCCUACACUGACUGCACAAUUGCCUUACCUAGUAACCGUGUGUGGUUACAUUUGUUGAGUUUGCACAUUGCUAUGGUUAAGUGCCUGUAUUUGGACAUCUGUAGUCCUGAUCCACCAUUUAAUUUAUCACUUCUCUACUACUGGGCUGCAAUGAUGUUUGUAGUGAUAAACAGUAACAUGCUGUAAGUUCACAUUUGCAUAGCUGUACUUUUGAUUUUUCCACAUGUGAUGUAUUUAAACAGCAUUCAGAUAUGUUUUUUUCACUAAUCAUAAUUGCUACUGUGUUUGUCCAUACACUGUACACUGACAAAGAGAUAGUAUUGCACAAGUAGUGCACAAAUAUGUGGUGAGUGAGCGUAAUAACAGAGAUAUGUGUGUGGUUACUUCUUGUUACAUUAUUCUUUGCCUUGAAAGAGUUAAGGUCUUCCCUCUGCUGUUCUCUGUAAUGUACUGAAGAAUCUGAGUAAUUCUAGUUCUGUUUUGAAAUAAAUGUUGACAUUUUAGGCUUGCAUUCCAUAGCAAAGCUUUUAUUCUCCUUGAUGAAAGGUAGCAAGUAUUUCAUAUUCUGCCUCCACAGGGUGAAACAAAAAACAGCUGUGUGUGACCUACUGUGUGGGAAAACCUCACUUGUCACAGACUUUGAAGUAUGGUGGUACAGUUGACCAUGCAGCAGUAAGUCACGCCAACCAUGGAAAGAACAAGUAUUCGAAAAAUGUUUUUAUUAGUAAAACUGUUUUAGUACAGUAUAAUUUGUACCGUAUUAGUAAUAAAACAUUCUGUCACAGUAA